AUGUGUGAAGUAUUUCAUAAGUUCAUGAUGGGGCUACGAGACUUUAUGAAGGAUUAUUUUCUUAGUUUCUGGGACUAUGAGACGCCAAAGGUGAUGGUGGUUAAAAACAGAACUCUUGGAGUUAUAUACAGAGCUGUGCAGUUUCUUGUGAUCACCUAUUUCAUCUGGUAUGUCUUCAUAAAUGAGAAAGCAUACCAAGAGAGUGAAACCCGUCCAGAGAGCUCAGUUUACACACUCAUGAAAGGCACAGCAGUUCAUGAAGAUCAUAUCUUGGACACUGUGGAGUACGCUCGACCAUCAGAGGGUGGUGAUGUGAUUAGUACAAUAUUGAGACGAGAAGUUACGUACAAUCAGAAGCAAGGAACCUGCGCUGAGUAUUUCAAAGUUGCCAAUGCCAACUGUACAACUGACUCUGACUGUGUCAAGGGAGAGGUUAACUUUGAUGGCCAUGGCAGAAGGACUGGCAAAUGCGUCCAGUACUACAACCACACCUUCAAAACCUGUGAGAUCCAAACCUGGUGUCCUAUUGAGGAGUAUGCUGUAGUACGAGAGCCAGCAUUAGUGGAGGCCAUCAAUUUCACAGUGUUCAUCAGGAACUCUAUCCACUUCCCCAAAUUUAAAGUGCUGAGGGGAAACAUCAAAGACGCUUCAAACAAGCGUGAUAUGCAGAAAUACCUCACUAAGUGUCAUUAUGAUGAAGAGAAAGAGCCCUACUGUCCAAACUUCCGCCUGGGCUACAUUGCAGAUAAAGCGAGGGAGAGCUUCAGUCAGCUCUGCAGGACUGGAGGAGUGAUAGGGGUUUUCAUCAACUGGAAGUGUAACCUGGACAUCGAUCCUUCAAACUGUAAACCAACAUAUUCCUUUCGUCGUCUUGAUCUCCGAAAGGAUCAGGUCAACUCUGGUUACUACUACAGGUUUGCCAAAUAUUACAACAAGAAUGGGGUAGAGACUCGGACACUUAUCAAGGCCUAUGGCAUCCGUCUGGAUGUCAUAGUUCACGGACAUGCUGGUAAAUUCAGUCCUAUCCCAACCAUCAUCAGCACAGUGACUGCUAUGACUUCAGUUGGCAUUUGUACCAUUAUCUGUGACUGGAUCAUGCUGACAUUUAUUGACAAGAAUGAAGUCUACAGUGACAGAAAGUUUGAUGAGAUUAUCAAGGAGCCGCCGGUGCCCAUUUCCACAGAGCUCAGCUACAUCACCAGCUUCGGCUCAAACCAUUCAGACCUGUCAGAAGGCGUACCGCUGUAACGUCAUUGCAGUUGCCUCGGUUGUCGCUGAUCAAGAGUGUGGACUCUCCUCCGUCAGCUGACUGUGGCAACAAAAGCAACUUCCAGUGGUUUCUCAGGUGUCUGCAACAGCUCAGUUAUGGACUGCCAGCAGUUGCUAUGCUGUUUUUUUUUUGUGGGAACUGACAGAGAACCACAGUGACAGAGCUGGCCCUCUCAAAGUCUCUGUCUGUGCAGUGGAUUCUUUUCAUAUAUCAUCUCAAACCUUGAUGGACCCCCAACUGUACAAUGCAACUAACUGUUUCUCUCUCACCUGACAUCUCUCACUUCAGCAGUAACACCACUUAGAAAAUGUGUUUAUUUUCUCACCAUGAAAAGAUAAGAAAGCACGGUAAAGAGAAACAUUACAAACCAAGUCAAUUUCUGUUAAUGUAUUGCAAUAAAUGCCCAAACUCAAGGUCCAGAUAUAAGGAUUACCAUGAAAUCAUCAUUUUUACAGUGUAUCUUAUAAAUCUGCAUUAUUCCAAACAUGAAGCUGCACACCUUGUUUGAAGAAUCUAAAUAUUCUGAUUCACUUGCUUUGUCUUUCAACCUGAUAUGUUCAGCAUAACUAGAGGAUGCAGGAAGAAACGGCCAGGAGACGCGCAAGGAGAGCAAUGAGCAGUAAUCAAAUAACACAGACAUUUCCCAUAAGAUGGUUUCUCUAACAAGAUUGUGGGGAAGUGUGAAUCCAUCUGGACGCCUGAGAGCAAUGUAAAUGUCAGAGACUUAAGACUCAAGUCUAAUGGAUCGAUGUCUGUCAUGAUGGAUGAAGGAGCUUGAUGGACAGUGACACGUCUGUGCAGAAAAUUGUUUACAACAUAAAAAAAGAGCUGAAAAUUUACAUAAUGCUGUAUCUUAAAGGGUAGUGCUUAUGUUAAUCCAUUUCACUGUUGAGCUCAAGAAGUGUUGUGUCUGAUCUAAGAUGUGCCGAGAGGCUAACAACUGGAAAUUUAA